UACUCAGCCCUUAAUACCUACUACCCCCUUUCCCUCGCAGCCUUUCAGCUGCCGCUCAGUUCAGCAGGAGUCAGCCGCCGGACACCGCUUUUCCUCCCUCCCUUGUUGCUGCUGGCUUCUUCCUUCUGCCUUUGCUCCCUCUUCCACGCUGCUCGUGUCCGUAGCCAAGGAAACCGACGCCGCCACCAUGUCCGAGAUCAAAAAGCAAAGGGUGAACCUCCAAAGGUCUACCAAUGUGGUGUACCAAGCCCAUCACGUUAGCAGAAACAAGAGAGGACAAGUUUUGGGUACAAAAGGUGGAUUUCGUGGCUGCACAGUAUGGCUCACAGGUCUUUCUGGUGCCGGUAAGACAACUAUUGGGUUUGCCCUUGAGGAAUAUCUUGUGUUAUAUGGCAUCCCUUGCUACUCUCUUGAUGGUGACAACAUUCGUCAUGGUCUCAACAAGAAUCUAGGUUUCUCUGCUGAUGACCGAGAAGAAAACAUCCGCCGUAUUGCUGAAGUUGCCAAACUAUUUGCAGAUGCUGGCUUAGUUUGCAUUACUAGUUUCAUUUCUCCUUUUGCAAAGGACCGUGAGAAUGCACGGAAGAUUCAUGAGACAGCUGGGCUUCCUUUCUUUGAGGUUUUUGUGGAUGCACCUCUCAAUAUCUGUGAAAGUAGGGAUGUGAAAGGCCUGUACAAAAAAGCACGAGCUGGAGAAAUCAAAGGAUUCACUGGAAUUGAUUCGGAGUAUGAUAAACCAGAAACACCUGAACUUGUGCUGAAAACCAACAUUUUUUCAGUGACUGAAUGCAUCCAGGCUAUUGUGGAACUCUUGCAAGAACAGAGCAUUGUUCCUUCCACUGCAAUUAAAGAUGUGCUUGAGCUGUUUGUACCUGAAAAUAAAGUGGAACAAACUUGGGCUAAAGCUGGUACUUUGCCAUCUAUAAACAUUACCAAGUUGGAUCUACAGUGGGUUCAAGUCCUAAGUGAAGGUUGGGCCACUCCACUGAAAGGGUUUAUGCGGGAGAAAGAAUAUUUGCAAGUUAUCCAUUUUGGCACUUUGCUUAAUGGAGUGGGUAAAAUUGAUAUAUUCAAGCUUGAUGGUGUUAUUAACCUGAGCAUACCGAUUGUACUUCCAAUCUCUACUGAAGACAAGAAACGUCUGGAAGGGUGCAGCGCAUUCACCCUGGAGUUCAAUGGGCGGAGGGUGGCAAUCCUUAAAAAUCCAGAGUUUUUUGAACACAGGAAGGAAGAGCGUUGUGCUCGUGUUUGGGGAACCACCUGCGCGAAGCAUCCACAUGUAAAAAUGGUGAUGGAGAGUGGAGACUGGCUCGCUGGUGGUGAUCUCCUUGUACUAGAGAGAAUAAAAUGGAAUGAUGGACUAGACCAAUAUCGCUUGACUCCAUUGGAGCUGAGGGAGAAGUUUAGAGAGAUGAAUGCAGAUGCAGUUUUUGCUUUCCAACUACGUAAUCCAGUGCACAACGGACAUGCUCUACUAAUGCAGGAUACUAAACGACGGCUGCUAGAAAGGGGCUAUAAGCAUCCAGUGUUACUCCUGCAUCCUCUUGGUGGAUGGACCAAGGAUGAUGAUGUGCCCUUGGACUGGCGCAUGAAGCAGCAUGCUGCAGUGCUAGAAGAACAUGUCUUGGAUCCCAAAUCCACUGUUGUUGCAAUUUUCCCUUCUCCCAUGUUGUAUGCUGGCCCAACAGAGGUCCAGUGGCAUUGUAGGUCUCGAAUGAUUGCUGGUGCCAAUUUCUACAUUGUGGGUCGAGAUCCCGCAGGUAUGCCUCAUCCAGAGACCAAGAAAGAUCUGUAUGAACCCACACAAGGUGGAAAGGUGCUUAGUAUGGCUCCAGGACUAACUUCGGUGGAAAUAAUUCCCUUUCGAGUAGCUGCAUACAACAAAGUACAAAAAGCGAUGGCUUUCUAUGAUCCAGACAGGCACAGUGAAUUUGACUUCAUUUCUGGCACACGCAUGAGGAAGUUGGCUCGUGAAGGUGAAAAUCCCCCUGAUGGAUUCAUGGCGCUGAAAGCAUGGAAGGUGUUGAUAGAAUACUACACAUCGAUGGGAAAAAACAAUUAAUUACGCUGUCUCUGUCAAAGUGCCUUUAUUUUAAAUAUGAGCUUUUUUAAUUGAUGAAUAUGCUAUGAUGUAUCAUCUAGUUUCGAAUCUUUUGGUUGCUGGGCAUUUUCUUUCUGGGCCAUACAAUGGUUCUGGACCAGCUUUUGUCAUUUUUAGAGCUUAAAUAGGCAAUUUCUUCUUAAUUUCCAAGGAAUGCCAUCAAACAAGUUUUUACCAUACACAUCAACAAGUAAGAUCAAAAUGAGUUCAAAGCCAUAGGGAUCCAGCUCUGACAGCCUUUGCCAAAAAAAUAUUGACACUAUGCAACUAUGCAAAUUAUCACAUUAGAGCAUGUGAUUCUUUCUUAAUGCUAUAAAUUGCCCCCCUAGAAAGAAGCAGGGGAUAAACUAGUAUUUUCCCAUUGUGGUUUUUUUGGUCUCCACCAAAACCUUCAUCUACUGUUGGGAUGAAGAGGGAGGAUUUCAUGGUAUGUCAUUUUUUAAGAUGGUGAUGAUAAUGAAGAUGAAAAGGAGUUGGUAUAAUCAGCGUUUCCUAACAGAGAAUUCUAUGGCAGUUUUCUCUUAAAAAGAGGUCACAAAGCUGUGCUGGUUCUGAAAAAUUCUUUACAAAUUACCUUUUGGUCAACUUGGAUCAAGAAAUGCACCUUUCUCAUCCUUGACAUCAAUUUUCUUUUUAGCCUUAACCAAAUUCUUUCAUAAAGGACAUUCGCAAGCAUUUUCCCCUCAACUGGGUGCUAAUAACAUCAUUACAGGCUAAAUGAUUUUCACAGCUCCGGUCAUAUCUUCCAAGGUAGACCAGACUAGGAAACCAAAGUCAUGUAGGCCACUACUACUUUAUUUUAAAGAUAUAGUAAUAGAAUCUUACAAGUCUGAAUACAUUUCCUCCCUCCCUCUCUUUAUCCUUGGGAGAACUAGAGAGGGUCUUGCCUGAAACUUUUUUCAGGUUACAUUUCAGCCCCCUUCUUUUAUUUGACUAUUGUCUUGGUAGUGGCUCCUCUAUCUCUCCCCCAAGGCCAUUUUCUUUCCACACCAUGAUCGCCUUAGCUUAUCCUUCGGAACAGCUGACUUUAGAGAAGAUUUUCUGAGAGACAUGGAUUCAUUCCUAAUCAUCUUCUAGGAUGUCUGUAGAAAGGGGUGUCAAAAAAGUCAUGACAGCUACAAUGCUGUCCUACCCCCUUUUUACUGACUCCAUUUAUCCAAUGAUAAACUCUGAAUUAUCUUAGAUGAGCAGAUCCAAUGAAAGUGUCUUAGAGAAAGAAAUUGUUAGCAACUGGUUUCAAGGACUGAUUCACGUACACGAUAGCUGAUAGUUUUGUAUGCUUUUGUAACAUCCUGUCUUAUCAUCAUCUAAAAGAGGCAUUUAAAACUAGGGGAAAAAUUCCAGGGUCACCAUAAGGCAACUUGAAUCUUGGAGUAAAUACUUAAGGGAAAGGUGAAUGCAUGUGCAGGACACAACCCUUUUCCCCCUAGGAAAGCUUUUUGCAUUUUAUAUAUUGAAUCAUCACGAUUCCUGUAUUUUUAAUUCUUUUCUUCUUGGCAAGGAGCAAAUAAGCACAAGCAUUAUCAUGAUUGAUGAAUCCCAAAUUAUGGAGAUCUGUUCCAGAAUCUGCUCAUAGGAGUAGAAAACUUGUUUUAGUCGUAUUCCCCCCAUAUAAUUGGUUCAGUCAGAAUUAACUGGUACAUUCCUUUUGCAUCUUAAUACUUCAGUCAUGGAUGCUAAAUGCAGUUUAACACAGUAUACCCUUCUGAUAUUUUAUUGCUUUUUAAAAAAAUAUCAGCUCCUUUUGCUAUUGUGCUGCAAUACUUAGUGUGCUGUUCAGUGGCAAGGAGAAUGAAUAUUGUACAAAUCAGAAUAGCCCCAUCAUGAAAAUCACUGAGAAGAGACGAUCUGUCUCGGAAGCUUUACAUACACUAGUAUUUUCCCAUCACCUUAGUCUGAGAUGGCCCUGCUUUUUGAGUAUAUACCUAGUGCUGUUGUACCACUGGACACACAGCUGCUUGGCUCUGAAAUCCACAUCCAAAAUCAAGGGUUAUUUAAAACUCAGCAUAAAACAGCUGCCCUCUGCUCUGUAUGAUAUACCAGGCAACUCCAGCUGCUACCUGUACUUUCACAAUUGGGGAAUUGUUGCAUUAAAUGUCUUCAGUGUAUUAUUUAUUUUUGUAAGCUUUGUAAAGGACAUCUUUAUUUGAAAACACAAUUCAAGGCACUCUAAAAUUUCAAAUCAGUAUAACAUCAGGCCAAACAUAUUAACUAUAGAACUGGAAAGAAAAAAAUGAUGGAAUUUAAAAUAUAUUAAUUGGAAAUCCACAAACACUCUGAAACUUUUAUCUGCCUGUCUGGCCAUCCACUCAUCCAUCCAUCCUUCUUUUGGGUAUAACUAUUCAUACUGUUAGAAUUUCUUCCUAUUGUGACCCCCCCAAGAUGAAAAACUGAUUCAGACCAUGGAUUAUAGAGCCUAAAAUGGAUUGUGGUCAUCAUUUGGGCAUUUGUAUUAACUACAGGUAUGCUAAGUUUUUUUUUCUUUUAUGAUUUGGAUUUUUCACUAUUCGUGUCCAGGAAUAGCUAACUCAUUUUCAUGGUGCAAUUAUGCAACAAAGUCAUUUUUAUAAUCUAAAUACAAAUAUUUGAAAAUGCUUUUUAAAACAUUGCUAGCAUUAAUAGUUUUUGAAUCUUUGGGACCAAGAGAAUGAAACGGGUUUCCUUUAUUUUAUUUUUUUGUCAGUUGAAUGCAGUAGGUAAGCAGUAUCCAUCUGCAAAUUGCAUUGAACAGAAGACAGAUAGCCAGUAUAAAUGAUAGAAGGUUCCAGCAUUGCUGGCUAAUCUACAUUAGCCAUAAGCCCUUCUAAACUAAAGUUUUGGAAGGGAGCUUGAAGGUAAACGUUUUCUUGCCACUGUAAUCUAAAUGUUUAUAGUGCCAAUAUUUUUCCAAGUUUUUAAUCUUAUGGAACUAUAGAGUCCAAAUAAAUAUGUUGUAUGUGCCUUUACCUUUCUACAAAAAUACAUCCUAUAUUUUAUAGCAUAUUUAUUACAAACCCCAAAACUGACAUGUGUGCCUUAACUGUUGCAUCACUUGACAAAAAUAUCUUCUCAUUUUGGCCUUCCAUUAUUAAAAUUCAUUAUGGUGACAAUAAAUAUUUUGUUGUUUGAA